AUGUUGCACCAGUCAGCUUUCGUUCUCUUGUCACUGGUUGGAUCCAUAUUCGCUCAAGACACAAACCUGGCCACUGUGAAGAAGGCCUUCGAUGAAGCUCAUAUUCCUGGAAACUUAAGCCUUCCAUUCCACCCAAAAGUCUUACUAGAAGUCUCCUUCCCACAAAACAUCGGUCGGCCUAUUACUCUCCAUGCCGGGAUUCAGCUUCCUAGAAAUGCCACUGCCGGCCCUCCGUUCUUCAGUGUCGUUGGACCCGCAGGCAAGGGGCCUUUUGUUAUAGCCACAGUUGAUCUAGAUCCUCCUACACCACAAGCACCAACCUUAGCUCAGAUACGUCACUUCUUGGGUGGAAACUUCGUAUACAAGGCGCCCAAGGAAUCUGUCUUGUUGACAAACCGGACACCCGCCGUCUCCGAAUUCAGGCAGCCUACUCCUCCUGCGGGAUCGGAUCCUCAUCGAUAUGUUUUCUUGCUCUUUGAACAAUCGAAAACUUUUAACGAUCAGACCCUCAUCACUCCCACAAGUCCUAUCUUCAACUUUAAUAUCAGUUCUUUUGCUGCUGCUGUUGGACUUGGCCAACCUAUUGGGGGAACAUUUAUGUUGGUUGGACCCGAUCCUACGACAGCAUAA